AUGAGGGAUUUGAAAAAAGACAGUAUCAUUCCAAAUGUAUUCACAGCAGCUCAGAAAGAACGUUCUUUAGGUGUAGAGAGUAAAAUCUCAUUGCAGGCAAACCCGCAUCUCCGGGCGCCCCCCGACGCUCGGGCGACGGCGUGUAGUGCUCGCGGGGCCCGCCGAGGUCUGGCCGCGUCCCUCAGCGCCCGGGCUGCCCCGCCUGGAGCUGCGUGCGACACGGCGCCCGCUCCUCCUCCUCCUCCCCUGCCCGCCUGCCGGCCCUCCUCCUCCUCCUCCUCCCGCCGCCGCCGCCGCCGCCGCCUGCACCACGCAACCUCCGCCCUCUCGCCGUCCCUCCGCCGCUCCCCGCCCUCCUGGCUUCACCGGCUCUGGCGACCGCGGGGCGAAGCUGUGGGGGAGGGAGGGCCGGAACGCACCGCCAUCGGCGUCCGGGGCGGGGGAACCGAGAAACCGUCGCCGCCAUGGCCCGGCCGCCGGCGGCGGCGCGGGAGGGGCACCGAAACCGCCCUCCCGCAGGCCCCGGCCGACCCUCCGUGGCGAGGCCCCGCUGGGCGCGGGCAUUUCUACCUGCAAACCAUGGCCCCUGCUUCCCGAACGCCGAGCCGGGCACCGCCGGACGCGCCGGAUCCUCCGCCAGGUUUUCCCGCCGCCCUCGCGUCGGGGCGGCCUCUCAAGUCCCGGCUUCCCGCCACUUCGGACUUCUCGUGGGGGCUGAGCUGAGGUUGGGGGCUCUGGCCGCUGAAGAAACUUCCGGAAGCAGCUGUGCGAGAGGGGCUUCGAUCUCCCCUGCCCGGCUCCUGCGCGCAUAGCCCCGGAGCUGACAUGCACCGCAGCACCCCCGGAGCCGGGGGUCUCCUGUCCUGGGGUGGAACCAGAGGCGAUAUCCCCGACCGCCGGAGGGGAAAGGCAGAUGCGCCGGCGGCCCCCAGAUCAGCGCCGGCUCCGGGGAAGCGUGCCUCUCCGACCCCCUUCCUACCUGCAGGCCUGCCUUGGGGAUCCAUCCCCCUGCCGAAAGCGCCAGCUUGCCCACAUACCACGUGUAUGUGUGUAUCUCCCUCUUGAAUACUUUCUCCAAACUUAAGUAGGCUUCCUUCCCUCUUUAGAUCCGUUUCACUCUUAAUCUCCGUAAGGUUCAAUUUUUGGGUAGAGUUGGAGUUUGCGAUGCCAACCUGGGGUGGCACGAAACAGUAUUGUUUUUACAUCUGAAUAAUCUCACCCAUUGGAAAUCAGCUGCCGUCGUCUUGUGUUUGUGAUAUUCAGUUGUAAGUUUGGUAAACCCCCCCAUAAGCCACAGGUGAGAGGCUAGAGAAAGCAGAUUUACCCCACACCUACUUAGAGGCGGUUGUUUUUAAAUCCCGGUUCAGAUCUGCCAUCUAGUUCCCUGAACAAGUGAGGGAAGAUUUUCAGUUAGCCCAUCAUCUGGGCAAAAGAUGUGUUUGGUGUUAACUUCCUGUUUUCAGCAAACUAGAACACUGCAGAUUCUAAUGGACCACUUCGGGGCAGAAAUCCUCAGCCGACCUGGCAGUCCCACGUCCACACUGGAGUUCCUUUCAAAAGGAACGUCCCACCUGUGUGUCUAGUCCCUUCUGUUGAACUGUAGCUUUGUGUCAACAUCUAUCAAAUAUUUGUGUGUUGUUUUAUAUAUGUAUCCCAAAUUAUGCUGUCCUUUCGUUUGCCCUGGGCAACACCUCAAUAACUCAGUCAAUAGAAUGUAUUUAGUAACUUUUUUUCUGUAAGGGUGGAGAUAAAGAUUUGGAAGGUUUGUCCCUUGUAUAUUUUGGCUUUCAUUUUAAACUGGAUUCCCAUAUGUUUAUCUCCUCUUCAUAUUCCCUUUAUUCUGAAUGGUCUCCUGUUUUGGAGAUUUCUCACUUCAAGAUCUGAGUUGUGUGCAUCAACUUUGAGGGCUUCCUCCAGCCGCCGGUUUGGCCUUAAAUACAAGGACUUAGUCCCACUGAACCCACUCCCUCCUCGCUGUCUCCAUUCCUUGUGUAAGUCUCCAUUAUCUGCUGUCACACGGUCAUCUUCGGUGGCUGGACUUGGUCUCUCACCUAUGUCCACUUUGCGAGCAGAUUGCAUCUGUUCUGAGCAGCUAACCCUACCAAACAGGACCAAAGAUAUAAUAGUAACUUUGCUGCUCAAAACACCCUUCAUCUUCUCUGUCUCAGCAAAACUGGCUGGUGUCUUUCAGGAUGAGCCAGUUGGAAAGAUAGUGACACCAGAGUCAAAGUUCAAAACAGUCUCAGAAGGCUUUAGCAGGCCAGAGUCAAUGAGAUUAAAAUAGAGCUUUGUAAACUAGAAACAACAAGAGCGUUGGAAAAGCUCACGUUUAGGUUUAAGCAGCUGUUUUUUAAAUACCUCAUUGCCAGCGUCCCAUGUGUGUCCUCAGGUGUGCCUUGGACACAGGGAUUAUUUCUUAGUUUGCCUGUUCCUUCAGCAUGGCACUGAAGAACACUGAAGCCUGCCCAAAGCAUGUCGACUACCACUCAAAGGGAAGAGCACUGAGUCACUUGAACAGCCAUAGGAACUAUUAUUUCUAAGACUUGGGUAAGGCACUAGCCAUCUGUUCAGAGUAAGUGGAUUUCACAGGUUGGUUUCCGAACUGACUUGACUUUGGAUUUACCCAGAGAUAUAAUUACUAAUUCAGGGGCCCCUUCCAGAUCCAAGAAACAAAUGGGAGGAAAAGAGCAAAAUCAGAAUCUGAUACUAGCAGAGUUUACAUUUUGUCUUAACCAUUGUUAGCUGGGUAGGUUUGAACAACUUCUCAGUGUUUUAUCUCCAUCUGAAAUAAGGAUGAUAAUAAUAGUAACGUAUGGAAUUGUAAACUAAACAUUGACAGAUAUUGCUGAUGCUGAAAAUUCUCUAUUAAGACCCGGAGCCUGAGUGGGAACCACAAGUUUAACAAACCAUUCCUGUUCUGCUGUCCAAAUUUCAAAUGUUCUAACCCUAAAAUUUUCACUAGUAAGCUUUACAGUAUAUUCUAAUAAAGCUCAAUUGUUUUGAG